UUUCAGACAGCAUAGCAUUUAAUUGCUAAAAGGCUUUGUUCUCUAUUUUAGGCCAAAAUAAUAAUUAAUGAGGAAAAUCAUGCAUAUGGAGAUCAACCUUACACCCUGCAGUAUGGUCAAUGUGGAUCUGAGAGCCGGUACAUUCAUUUGACCACUAAAUUAAUCUUAGAUGAUGAACUCAUUAAACUGUAUGGACCCAGAGGUAAGAGGUACCACCGUAAACAGAAGUCUAAGUAAUUUAAACACAUAACAAUUAUGAUUCUUUAAAAUCAUAAAUAAAUCAUGAAUAAAUAAACAAGACUGAGUUUACAGUAGGCUCACAAGCUUAUGAAAUUGUUAAGAAAAUGAAUGACUUGUCUCUUAGGUAAAGUCCUUGUGCAUGAAUGGGCUCACCUGAGAUGGGGAGUUUAUGAUGAGUUUGAUGACGGUCAGCCAUUCUACAAGGGUGCACACAGUGAUAUUCAGGCAACUAGCUCAGUGGAUGCCAAAGCCAAUGUCCAGCCUCUGAAAGGACCACAUCCAGCACCUAGGUUCACUGUGAUACAGAGGGGACAGAGAGUUGUCUGUCUGGUCCUUGAUGUUUCAGGAAGCAUGCUUCUUGUUAUGUUUGUUUACAUCUUUUUAUGUUUUACCAAAAAAAUCUAUGUUGAUUUUCAAGAAUUACGCAAAGACAAUGGCAAUACAAUGGGAGAUGAAAUCAUUCUUUUAACUGAUGGGGAAUCAGAAUUAGAUUGUGCAUCUGAGGUUAAAGAAAGUGGUGCCAUUGUAAAUACAAUUGCUCUUGGACCAAGUGCAAACAAAGAGUUGAAAAUGUUGUCAGAAAUAUCAGGUAAGGUUUUAUACACAUCUUUAUUCUUUCCAGGUGCUGAUGUUUUGAGAAAUGAUGGGAUCUAUUCCAGAUAUUUUACCACUUCUAAAAAUGGAAGACACAACUUGAAAGUGAAAGUGCAGAGAAAAGACGAAGGCAAAAAUAAUGGACAAGUUAGAUUGAAGAGACACAGUGUUGCCCCAUUGUACUUGCUUAUGUCAUCAAAGGUAAAUCUCAGAAUCUGCUGUUGUUGUGUAACUUAUUGCCCCAUUCCCUCUCCUCCAGGAAAAGUAGUGAUGAACCCGCCAAAGCCCCCAGUCAGUGAGGAUGACCUGCAGGCUGAUGUGGGCAGCUUCACCAGGACAGUCAUAGGAGAGAGCUUCUCAGUCCUUCUCCCACCCGGUGUCCCCCCUCCAAAUUCCCCCCCUAACAAAAUCACAGACCUGAAUGCAGAGAUAGAGGAGGACAAAGUGAUGCUCACAUGGACGUCACCUGGGGAAGACAUGGAUACUGGCACAGCUGAUUCCUAUGAGAUCAGAGUCAGCAUGGACUUGGAAGCCCUAAGAGGAAAUUUCAGUGGAGCACAUCUAAUGAACACCUCCGACAUCCGACCACUAGAGGCAGGCUCUACAGAGGAAUACUCCUUCCUUUCCAGUUACAUCAUCAAUGCUGAACCAGAGACGGUCAUGUUCUUUGCUGUACGUUCUUGUGACAAGGAUUCUCAGAUGUCUGACAUGUCUAAUGUUGCUAAAGCCACAAAAAUUGUACCAUUUGUUCCAACUACAACUACGCCUACGAUUUCACAAUAUCCAAGUCCAAACCUAAAGCGGUCCUCUGGAUCAAAUGUAGUAGCAGUGGUUGUAGUAGCAUUGGUACUGCUGCAGUCAUUAUUGCUGUGCUAGUUGUCAGCAGGAUGCGACUCAACAGACCCGGGAACACUCCCAACUUCACAAAGACAGGUCUCUACAAGCUUUCUGUAACAAUUAACAGCACGAAUACAUCCAUGGGCUUAUCAACACUAAAGAUAAUUGUAUAAUUAAUCUAACAUUCCCUUCUGAAAAACAAUGGCAACGCCAGCUAUUCUCUCUUUGAAUUUGAAAGCUAUUACCGUUUCCAAAGGCAAGACAGAAUUGUAUUUACUGAGAAGACAGAGCAAAAUGUGCCAUCCAUCAUGGUAAUCGCCCCAGUCAUUUACUGGCUAACAAACUACGCAGUAAUGACCAAUUAGCUGAUAUAGCAACUUCUGAAUCUGAAACAGAGGAAUUACUAUCAGAACCCAAAUGAAUCAAAGAUUCUCCUUCUUCUCCUUCUACUCCCCCUGAGGUCUAUUUCAAAUAUUGGAAUCAAUUAGGUUCACUUUUGCUCGAAAUAACUAACAUUUGAGAAAGGUGAAUGAAGCACAAAUGUCAGCUUAUAAUUGUUUUUAAAGUAAGGAUACCAGCCAGUGUCCUCACUCUCGCCCCCUAUCUUUGAUAAACAUAGAUAUUUAACUGUUUUCCAAAAUGUUGUCAUCCCAUCUCGAGACUUUCUUUCCCAAAUAGGUUUGUUAAAAAACGUUCAUCCACGGACAAUCGCCAGCGCCUGUUACAUGUCAACAAUGCUUCAACAGAAACAACAGCUCCUUGGGCUGUUUUAUCUCUUGAUGCAGAAAAAGCUUUGAUAGACUUGACUGUUAAUGCCUCUGGUCGAUCUUGGAACAUAUGGGAAUUGGCUCUAAUUUCAUUAACAUGAUUAUAAUACUAUAUGCCAAUCUCUCUGCCAUAGUUAUAACAGGCAAUAUCUGCUCUGCUCUGUUCAAAAUCACGUGAAGCAACAGACAGUGCUUUCUGAUUUCUUUAUGGAACCCCUGGCCCAGGAAAAUCAGCAAUGGAAGGAAAUAACACUAACUUCCCUAAAAGCUACUGAUCACUUCAUCUCAUUAUACACGGAUGACAUUUUACUAUACUGCUGUGGAAACAAUUAAGAGACCAUGGCAAAAUGAUCAGAUUCUCUGGUUUUACUAUUUAUAGGUAUGUGUUUGGGUAAAAUUAACAUUUUUGUUUUUAAUUCUAUAAACUACUGACAACGUUUCUCCCAAAUUCCAAAUAAAAAUAUUGUUAUUUAGAGCAUUUAUUUAAAGAAAAGAGCUAGAUGGAUGGUCACAAGCCAUCAAACAAAGCAGAGCUGCUUGAAUUUCUGCGCCAGGAG